AUGUCAUCAUUAACACGACUAUCUCUUACAUCGUCUUCGGCAUUAUGUCGUCUAUCACAACUAAUAUCAAGUAAAAAUAAUUUAGUUUUUAAUCGUUUACCUACCUUAAGUAGUGUCGUUCCAUCGAACCCUCAACGUUCAAUCCAAACAUCAACCGUACGUUAUGAUAUCGACAGUGCAGCGAAAUAUAUUGGUGCUGGAGCAGCAACAGUUGGAGUAGCGGGAGCCGGAGCAGGUAUUGGAACAGUGUUUGGCUCAUUAGUCGUUGGUUACGCAAGAAAUCCAAGUUUAAAACAACAAUUAUUUUCCUAUGCCAUAUUGGGAUUUGCCCUAUCUGAAGCUAUGGGUCUAUUUUGUCUUAUGAUGGCUUUCAUGUUGUUAUUUGCGUUUUAA